CCUAGGAUACUGACACUUCAUGACAUGUCAUUAUCUAGCGCAAUAAUGGACAUUGACCUGUUUCGGAUUAGUUGAUGACCUUCAGAAAUGAUUGAAUAAUAGCUACUACAGAGAAGCUGAAGAUACUCCAUUGGGAGUGAACAGCCCACAUCGUACCUGAAUUGUUCAAGAUGACUGAUCCAAUGAUGGACUUUUUUGACGAUGCCAAUCUUUUUAGUGAGACCUUGGAAGGUUUGUCAGACGAUGCAUUUGUACAACCAGGACCUGUUUCACUAGUUGAUGAAUUGAACUUGGGUGCCGAAUUUGAACCUUUGCACAUAGAUUCACUGAACCAUGUUCAAGGUACUCCAACACAUCAGAAGAUGACUGACUAUGAACAGUUAAAUCAGUUUGAGUCAAUGAAAUUUCAUCAGGUUAAUCAGUCUUUUGGUAGCCCGGCUGAACAUGUGUUAUCACCUCACUCCCAGUUUAAUUGUUCUCCAAUUCACCCCCAAAACCAACCCAAUGGUCUGUUUCCAGAUGUUGCAGAUGGCAGCCCAAUGUGGGGCCAUCAGACAGCGACUAGCAUUUCUAGUCAAAAUGGGUCUCCUUUUCACCAACAAGGACAUUCUCACCCUAUGCAUCAAAGUAAAAGCUUUGUGUCCCACCCUGACUUUGCCUUAUUUCAGGCCAAUGAACCACAGACACAGUGCACUUCACUACGUUCACAGCAAAACAGAAAUAAUCUUAACCCAGGGCAGAAUUCUCUCAGCCAGUCAAAAAAUUUCAUGGAUGUCAAUGUUUCUGGUCCGCACAGAGUCAGUGUCAACCACCCACCGCAGAUGACCAACGCCUCGACUUCACAACAGUCCCUUUCGAUGGCAUCGUUCUCGCAAACGUCAAACCCUCCCAUGCACUUUCUCAAGUGCAGCAAUCACCCGGAAGGAAAUUUUAAUGGCCAUUCUCCAAAUAUGACCUCUUGUUCUGUCAGUAACUCACAGCAGUUUUCUUCCCAUUACUCCUUUUCUGGUAAUCAUGUAUCACCAAACAGUCUUCUUCUUGCACCCAAUCAUACAAACCAGACUCUGUCUGAUUUUACUGGAACUAAUUCCUUUUCACCUCAUAGAGGACUCAAGCAAGAAUCCUCUCAGCAUAUGCUGAAUCCCAAUACAUCGUUGAAUUCAAAUAAUUUCCAAAUGUUGCAUUCAUCACAUCCUCAGGGUAAUUAUAGCAACUCCAAGUUAUCCCCUGUGCACAUGAACUUCGCGGAUCCUGUGGACUCAGGAAAUCAAAUGGGCCGUUUCAAUGAUCAUGUCGAAACGAACGGGUUUUCAUCUUUAGACGAGAAUUUACUUCAUCAAGUGGAGUCUCAAGCUGAGCCCUUCCCAGGACUUGACCCCGAUGACCUCCUGCACGAGGGCCUCCUUCCCCAGUUUGAUGAGGCAGCAUUUGGGCAAGAGAACUCCAGCCAUGUUUUAGAUCAUGACCUCGAUCGGCAGUUUGCUCCACACCUUGUAACCCGCCCUCCCGAGGUGGGUCAAGCUCAGUUGCACAGUCAGGCUCGGAGCUGGCACUCAUCCCUCUCCAACCACCAGCACCUGCAUGACAGAAAUCGCCUGUGUUUACAGCGGCAGCCUCCAUCUUCCAAGAAGAGUGAUGGUUCUGGGACAUACACUAAGUCGCAGAAUACCCAGGUGAGGAUCAUGUCUGAGAAGAAGCAGAGGAAAAAGGUGGAAUCAGAAAGCAAGCAAGAAAAGGCUAAUCGUAUAAUAUCAGAGGCCAUAGCAAAGGCCAAGGAGCGUGGGGAGCGCAAUAUCCCACGGGUAAUGAGCCCUGAAAACUUUCCUAGUGCUUCCGUUGAAGGAAAAGAGGAAAAGAAAGGUAGAAGGAUGAAAUCCAAGCCGAAGGACAAAGAAAGUAAGAAAACAAAAACUUGUUCUAAGUUAAAAGAGAAGACAAAAAUUGGCAAACUCAUUAUUACUUUGGGUAAAAAACAAAAAAGAAAGAAUGAGUCUUCCGAUGAAAUCUCUGAUGUGGAGCAGAUGCCACAGCAUGCAUGCAAAGAGGAAGACUCUCAAAAAAGAAGAUCAAAUCGACAAAUUAAAAGGAAAAAAUAUGCAGAAGAUGGUGAAGGCAAACAGUCUGAAGAGGAGAUUAAAGGCUCUAUGAGAAUAAAAAAGAACUCGGCUCCUUUACCUGGUGAACAGCCUUUACAAUUGUUUGUGGAGAAUCCUAGUGAAGAAGAUGCUGCAAUUGUGGACAAAAUACUCUCUUCCAGAGUUGUAAAAAAGGAGAUAUCACCUGGAGUGAUGAUUGAUACAGAAGAAUUUUUUGUAAAAUACAAAAAUUACUCCUAUCUUCACUGUGAAUGGGCCACAGAACAGCAGCUUUUGAAAGACAAAAGGAUCCAGCAGAAGAUCAAGCGAUUCAAAUUGAGACAAGCACAAAGAGCACAUUUUUUUGCAGAUAUGGAAGAAGAACCAUUUAAUCCAGACUACGUUGAAGUAGACAGAGUGUUAGAAGUCUCUUUUUGUGAAGAUAAAGAUACUGGUGAGCCUGUUAUUUACUACUUAGUAAAGUGGUGCUCGUUACCAUAUGAAGACAGUACUUGGGAGCUCAAGGAAGAUGUAGAUCUUGCAAAAAUAGAAGAAUUUGAGCAACUGCAAGCUUCCAGGCCUGACACAAGGCAUUUGGAUCGUCCUCCCUCUAAUAUUUGGAAAAAAAUAGACCAAUCCAGGGACUAUAAAAAUGGCAAUCAACUCAGGGAAUAUCAACUGGAAGGACUCAACUGGCUCUUGUUCAAUUGGUACAAUAGACGAAACUGCAUUUUAGCAGAUGAAAUGGGUCUGGGCAAAACCAUUCAAUCAAUUACGUUCCUCUAUGAAAUCCUUCUGACUGGUAUAAGAGGACCUUUCCUGAUCAUUGCUCCACUCUCUACCAUUGCAAAUUGGGAACGAGAAUUCCGUACAUGGACUGAUAUUAAUGUUGUGGUUUACCACGGGAGCCUGGUUAGCAGACAGAUGAUACAGCAAUACGAGAUGUACUUCAGGGACUCACAGGGGCGUAUCAUUCGAGGCGCUUACAGAUUCCAAGCCAUCAUCACUACUUUCGAAAUGAUUCUUGGAGGCUGUGGAGAGCUCAAUGCAAUUGAAUGGCGAUGUGUGAUUAUUGAUGAAGCACAUAGGUUAAAAAAUAAAAACUGUAAACUUCUAGAAGGCCUGAAACUCAUGAAUCUGGAGCACAAGGUACUUUUGACUGGCACACCUCUCCAAAACACAGUUGAAGAACUCUUCAGUCUGCUCCACUUUCUAGAACCCUCACGGUUUCCCUCUGAGUCAACAUUUAUGCAAGAAUUUGGGGAUCUAAAAACAGAAGAACAGGUGCAGAAACUUCAGGCUAUCCUGAAACCCAUGAUGUUGAGACGCCUGAAAGAAGAUGUGGAAAAGAAGCUGGCACCAAAGGAAGAAACCAUCAUCGAGGUCGAGCUUACUAACAUCCAGAAGAAGUACUACCGAGCGAUCUUGGAGAAGAACUUUUCAUUUCUGUCUAAAGGAGCAGGGCAGACCAACGUUCCCAACCUCGUCAAUACCAUGAUGGAACUCAGGAAGUGCUGCAAUCACCCGUACCUCAUCAAAGGAGCUGAGGAGAAAAUACUUGGGGAAUUUAGAGACACAUAUAAUCCAGCUGCUUCUGACUUUCACCUUCAAGCAAUGAUCCAGUCUGCGGGUAAAUUGGUCCUUAUUGAUAAAUUGCUUCCCAAGAUGAAGGCCGGAGGCCACAAAGUGCUCAUCUUCUCGCAGAUGGUGCGCUGCCUUGACAUCCUGGAAGACUAUCUCAUCCACAAGAGAUAUUUAUAUGAGCGAAUUGAUGGAAGAGUCAGAGGGAAUCUUCGGCAAGCUGCUAUAGAUAGAUUUAGUAAACCUGAUUCAGAUCGAUUUGUUUUUCUUCUGUGUACCCGAGCUGGUGGGUUGGGCAUCAACUUAACUGCAGCAGAUACAUGUAUAAUAUUUGAUUCUGAUUGGAACCCUCAAAAUGAUCUUCAGGCCCAAGCUCGUUGUCACAGAAUCGGUCAGAAUAAAGCAGUUAAAGUCUACCGCCUAGUAACUCGUAACUCAUACGAGAGAGAAAUGUUUGACCGGGCCAGUCUGAAGCUGGGUCUAGAUAAGGCCGUGCUACAGAGCAUGAGUGGAAGAGAAAGUAAUGUUGGCGGUAUCCAACAACUGUCCAAAAAAGAAAUAGAAGACCUGCUUCGAAGAGGUGCUUAUGGUGCCAUUAUGGGAGAAGAAGAUGAAGGCUCUAAAUUCUGUGAGGAGGACAUUGAUCAGAUUUUACUGCGUCGCACGAAAACUAUUACAAUUGAGUCAGAAGGACGCGGGUCAACCUUUGCCAAGGCGAGCUUUGUGGCUUCUGGAAACCGAACAGAUAUUUCUUUAGAUGAUCCCAACUUCUGGCAAAAGUGGGCUAAAAAGGCAGAAAUAGAUAUAGAUGCCAUCAGUGGCAGAAACAGCUUGGUCAUCGACACCCCCAGAAUCAGGAAGCAAACAAGACCCUUCAGUGCCACCAAAGACGAGCUGGCGGACCUGUCGGAGGCUGAGAGUGAGGGAGACGAGAAGCCCAAGCUGCGGCGGCCGUGCGAGCGGGCGGGCGGCUACGGCCGGACAGAGUGCUUCCGCGUGGAGAAGAACCUGCUGGUCUACGGGUGGGGCCGGUGGCGAGAAAUUCUGUCUCAUGGCCGCUUCAAAAGGCAGCUGAACGAGCACGACGUGGAGGUCAUUUGCCGGGCCCUGUUAGCCUACUGCCUUGUUCACUACCGAGGAGAUGAGAAAAUUAAAGGGUUCAUCUGGGACCUCAUUACUCCAACUGAAGACGGGCAGACACGAGAGCUGCAAAACCAUCUAGGUCUGUCUGCCCCAGUACCCAGGGGUCGGAAAGGGAAGAAAGUAAAGACUCAAACGAGCUCAUUUGACAUACAGAAAGCAGAAUGGCUUCGAAAAUACAAUCCCGAGCAGCUGCUUCAAGAUGAAGGCUACAAGAAGCAUAUAAAACACCACUGUAAUAAAGUGUUGCUCCGUGUAAGAAUGCUCUAUUAUCUAAAGCAAGAAGUCAUUGGGAAUGAGUGUCAGAAAGUAUUUGAUGGAGUGGAUGCCAGCGACAUCGAUGUUUGGGUCCCAGAGCCAGACCACUCAGAAGUUCCAGCUGAGUGGUGGGAUUUUGACGCCGACAAGUCGCUCCUUAUUGGCGUUUUCAAACAUGGUUAUGAAAAAUAUAACACUAUCCGAGCAGACCCGGCGCUGUGCUUCCUGGAGAGAGUGGGCAAGCCGGACGAGAAGGCAGUGGCGGCGGAGCAGAGGGCCAAUGACUACAUGGACGGGGAUGUGGAAGAUCCAGAAUACAAACCUGCCCCAGCUAUCUUUAAGGAUGACAUUGAGGAUGACGUUUCCUCGCCAGGAGAUCUUGUCAUAGCAGAUGGAGAUGGUCAACUGAUGGAGGGUGAUAAAGUCUAUUGGCCUACUCAGUCAGCUUUAACCACACGUCUGAGGCGUCUCAUCACUGCAUAUCAGCGCACGAAUAAAAACAGACAAAUCCAGCAGCCCCAGCCUGCGUUCCCAGUGCCUGCCAGCACGAUGCAGCCUCUUUAUGAAGAAGCCACGCUCAAUCCUAAAGUGGCAGCUAAGAUCGAAAGACAGCAAAGGUGGACAAGAAGAGAAGAAGCUGACUUCUACAGAGUUGUGUCGACCUUCGGAGUGGUAUUCGACCCUGACAGAGGCCAGUUUGACUGGACGAAGUUCCGGGCGAUGGCUCGGCUGCACAAGAAGACGGACGACAGUCUGGAGAAGUACCUGUGCGCCUUCAUGUCCAUGUGCCGGCGGGUCUGCCGCCUGCCCGCCAAGGAAGAAUUAGUGGAUCCAAACAUUUUUAUCCAGCCAAUCACGGAGGAACGCGCCUCAAGGACUUUGUAUCGCAUCGAGCUCCUGAGGAAAGUGCGGGAACAGGCCCUCCGACACCCGCAAUUAUUCGAACGUUUAAAGCUUUGCCAUCCUAAUCCAGACCUGCCCGUCUGGUGGGAAUGUGGCCCUCACGACAGGGACUUGCUUAUUGGAGCUGCUAAACACGGGGUGAGCCGAACAGACUAUCACAUUCUCCGUGACCCCGAACUCUCAUUCAUGGUGGCUCAGAGGAGCUACAGCCAAACGAAGCUGGCUCACUCCAGGACUUCCACCCCACUCUUACAGCAAUACCAGGUGGCACUCUCUGCCUCUCCUCUUACCUCUCUCCCGAGGCUCCUAGACGCCAAAGGUGUUGCUCUAGAGGAUGUGAAAGUGAAAAGUGAAAACCUUAAAGAGGAGCCUCAGUCUUCUGAAGAAGAAUCUAUGUCUUCUGAGGAAACCAGGACACUAAUAAAGUCCGAGCCUGUCAGUCCAAAGAAUGGUGUUUUACCGCAGGCUGCCGGCGACCAGAAGUCUGGAGGGAAAGGCGAGGCAGACCGGCGCAUGGUUGCAGCCAGAACAGAGCCCCUGACUCCGAACCCAGCGUCGAAGAAGCAGCGAGUCCACAAAAGAGGGUCAGAAUCCAGCUCAGACUCUGACUCUGACUCCGAGAGAUCGUCCUGUUCUUCCAGGUCAUCCUCUUCCUCGUCCUCCUCCUCCUCCUGUUCCCACUCUCGGUCAGGCUCCACGUCGUCGUCGUCCUCCUCUUGUUCCUCAGCAUCGUCUUCAUCCUCCUCCUCCUCCUCGUCCUCCUCGUCGUCCUCUUCAUCCUCGUCAGAAGAAAGCGACAGCGAAGAAGAGGAAGUCCAAAAGCGAGCAGAAGGUACGCCUCUCAUGAAGGCCUAUGAUGAAGAAAGUGUCGCCUCUCUGAGCACUACCCAGGAUGAGACCCAAGACAGUUUCCAGAUGAACAACGGGACGCCGGAGUCAGCCUACAUCUUACAAGGUGGAUACAUGCUGGCUGCGUCAUACUGGCCAAAGGACCGGGUGAUGAUCAACCGGCUGGACAGUAUUUGUCAGACUGUGCUGAAAGGGAAGUGGCCGUCGGCUAGAAGGAGUUACGACGCCAGCACAGUGGCUUCUUUCUAUACCACCAAGCUGCUGGACAGCCCCGGCACCACCCCGGAGCCCAGCGAGCCCAGCACGCCCAGCGUCCCGGGGGCCGGCGUCAAAGAAGAGCACGAUCAAUCAGCACAGAUGUCAAAGGUGAAGAAGCAUGUACGAGAAAAGGAGUUUACAGUGAAAAUCAAAGACGAAGGUGGUUUGAAGCUGACGUUUCAGAAGCAAGGGCUUGCUCAGAAGAGGCCACUGGAGAGUGAGGACAGCGCCCUGGGGCAGCAGCAGUAUCUGGCGCGGCUCCGGGACCUGCAGAGCGCGUCGGAAGCCAGCCUCGCCACCCUGCCCCCGGCCGUGCCCGCGUCGGGUACUUCCAUUCAGUCAAACCUUGGUGCCAACGGAGUUAUAUUAGACAACCAGCCCAUCGUCAAGAAAAGGCGGGGAAGAAGGAAGAACGUGGAAGGUGUUGACAUCCUCUUUUUUAACAGAAAUAAACCACCUAAUCAUGUUACUUUAGGUUUAACCUCACAGAUUUCUACAGGGAUAAAUCCAGCACUGUCCUAUACUCAACCUCACGGAAUUCCUGAUACAGAAAGCCCUGUUCCAGUUAUUAAUCUUAAAGAUGGCACAAGACUUGCAGGUGAUGAUGCCCCCAAAAGAAAGGAUUUGGAGAAAUGGCUGAAGGAACACCCGGGCUACGUGGAAGAUUCAGGAGCUUUUAUUCCUAGGGUGCAGCUCCAUGAGGGGAGACCCAAACAAAAGAGACACCGUUGCAGAAAUCCCAAUAAACUAGAUGUCAAUAGUCUCACUGGAGAAGAACGUGUUCAGCUGAUUAACAGAAGAAACGCCAGAAAGGUUGGAGGUGCCUUUGCUCCCCCUUUGAAAGAUCUAUGUAGAUUCCUGAAAGAAAAUUCAGAAUAUGGGGUGGCUCCUGAGUGGGGAGAUGUUGUUAAGCAAUCUGGCUUUCUUCCAGAAAGUAUGUAUGAACGUAUUCUCACGGGCCCCGUGGUGCGCGAGGAGGUGAGCCGGCGAGGGCGGCGGCCCAAAAGCGGGAUCGCGAAGGCCACGGCCAUGGCCGCGGCCGCGUCCGCCGCCAGCGUGUCGGGCAGCCCUCUGCUCGCCAACGGAUUGCUUCCAGGGGUGGACCUCACAGCGCUUCAGGCCUUACAGCAAAACCUGCAAAACCUGCAGUCGCUGCAGGUGACGGCGGGGCUGAUGGGAAUGCCUGCCGGCCUUUCUUCGGGAGGAGAAGCGAAAAGCGUGGCCGCCAUGUUCCCCAUGCUGCUGUCCGGGAUGGCCGGGCUCCCCAAUUUGCUGGGCAUGGGCGGACUCCUGACCAAGUCUGCAGAAUCUGGAACCGAGGAGAAAAGGGGAAAUGACUCUAAGGAGCUCGAGGGGAAGAAAGACAGGACAGAGAGCCAACAUUCGGAGAAUGGCGGCGACAACUCGGUGCCCGGGUCCCCGUCCACGUCCUCCUCCGCCGCGGUAGCCACAGCCGCGGCGGCCAGCCCGUUGGCGCUGAACCCACUGCUGCUCUCCAACAUGCUUUACCCAGGGAUGCUUCUCACUCCAGGCCUUAAUCUUCAUAUUCCAGCUUUGCCCCAGUCCAAUACUUUUGAUGUACAGAAAAACAAAAGCAGUGACUUAGGCGUGUCCGAGGCUGCAGAAGUCAAGGGAAAGGAUUCCCGAGGUAGAGGUCAGGAAGGCAAAGGGGCGGCUGAGCCAAGCCCUCUGCGCGAGAACAGCACAGAUGAGGGCUCGGAGAAGGCGGACGCCUCUGGGUCCGACAGCACGUCCUCGUCGUCCGAGGACUCGGAGUCUAGUAACGAGGACUGAGUCCAGACUGCACUUAAGGGACGGGCUGAUUUUGGAUUUUUUUCUUUAAUGAUUGGUUGUAAAUACCCCAGUGUUGAGUGCAUCAAUAACUUACUGACCGAACAUUUCAGUUAUUUGUUUAGAAGUGCAAACUGCUUUCAGAGACGUUUUGCAUGUACUAUUUCUUAAGAUUCUUAAGUUUCUGAACUCGAACGUACUAUCAAAUACAUAAAGGUGUAAAAUUACAACAAAAGGCAUUAUAAUUUUGUUGGGGGUUAAUUUUAUGAAAAUUAUGCUCAAUAAGAGUUGUAUAUUUAAUAUAUUUGCAGUGAACACAGAAUACUUUAUGCAUAUUACUGAUUUAAUUUGAAUAUAGUUUUACAGCCUCCUUGACACCUAUAAUUUACAGAUCAAAACUCAGCAAUAAUUUGGGCAGCUAAUGAAUGUCAUGAAAGCUGUAGAAUCCACAUGGCCAUCCAUCGCUUUCCUUACAUGAAAAUGCUCUAGUGUUGUGAUGCACUGCUGAUGUUUCCAAUUCAGGUACAAGUAUGUUUUAAAGAAGAAAUAAGUUUCCCAAUCAGCCAAUUUAACUGGCUACCUGUUACCUCAGCUGAGUUAGUUUAGGAAGUUUACAUUCGUUUCUAAUUCUAUACUUGUUUUCAGGGGUUUUUUAAACACAUCCUAUAGAUCAUGUUAAUCUGGCAAGAAAAUGACUUGCUUAAUUCUGACAUCAGUAAAACCAAGUCAUGACAGAAUCCUGUGUCAUGUCACUUUGGCACCCUCUCCACAUUCUGAGUUUUAACUUUCCAAAGUUCGGCCUCCUAGUAGAAAUAAUCAUGUCUCAGAUGAGUAAUGUCCGUUUCCAGGGUUCAGAAAAGGCAAACUCAUGAAAUGCCACUGAAAAGAACUUUCAACACAGCAUACUUCAUGUAAAAGAAAUUGUUUGUUUGCUUUAUUUGUGUAGACUCCUCUUUGUGUUCUAUGUCAUGGAAAUAUUCCAAAACGAACAGGUAAUAGUGGUAAAAUAAUAUGCAGAUAGUCUAAAUUCAUUUUGAGUUGCUAGAUGUAAACAGACUAAAUGUUGCCCAGAAUCAGUGUUGGGUAUCAGUAUACCUGAAAUAUACUGAGUUGCCCAUUUUAAAAUGCACUUUGAAUAAUCUCAAAAAAUAUAUACAAGUUAUACCUGUGAACCACAAAAAUGAAGCUGCAGGCUUCUCAUCAGUUUCUUAGCUCCCUUUACCAUGUGAACUUUGUCUGAUAUUUGGUUUGUGAUACAAUUCCUCCUGCUAAAGCUGCUAUUCUGACAAGGUAGAGAGGCCAGGCUCUUCUUGUUACACAUUUAAAACAAUUAGAACUGAAUUGGACAUGGAGUGUCACUUGCUUCCUGAGGAGAGAGAAAUGUUAGCAUCUUUCUGGUACUGGUUAAGUCAGUGAUACAUUUGCGAGGGGGUACCGUAAGAGGGAAAGAGUACCCCACUUCUUUCUGUCCCAACGAAAAAAUAACUUCCGGUAUGAUCUGAUAGAACUCUGUUACUUUGUCAUGAAUUAAGCAAUGACGUUGGAUUUUCCAAGACCUCUCCCAGUAAAUUGUUUCUGUAUGUAAAAUAACUGACCCCUUCUUAGAGAGACAGUGUUAUAUGUACUUACAAAAUUCUAUAAGUUCCACUGGGAUUGUAUUGAUUUUUUUGUAUUUUCCCAAAGUAGUUCUUUGAAUUGAUAGUCCUUUAUGCAAUGUCUUAGCAAUAGUCACUAUAAUGCCCAUCCAGGAGAAGUGGGUAGUGAUUCUUCAUCAUGAUAAUGAUCUAGCACAUACUAGCAUCUUCUCUUUGCAGUAUUGCACUUUUGUUUAACUAGACACACCUAUGAGAUAGCCAAAGUUUUUCAAACGCAGUCAACUUGGUUGCCGGUGGAGUAUUCAGCACCGUAUAUUCAUUCCCUCCCUCUGGGUCUACCCACACGAUCUUUAUUCCUUUCUUUCCCCAAUUUAAAAAAAAAAAA